AUGAACGGCGGUGACGGGGCGGGGACGAUGCGCAUCUGCACUGGGAAAUCUCGAGGGUGGCCCUGGACGGACAAUGGCGGGCAUCAGAGCGCUGGUGGGGUUGUCGUUUGGCGGAGCGGUGGGGCUCAUGUUCCUGAUGUUGGCCUGCGCUCUUCCGGAAUACCACGUCUACUGGCCGCUGUUCGUGCUCAUCUUCUACGCGCUCGUGCCGGUGCCGCAGUGCGUGGCGCGCCGCCUCGGCGACGAGGGCGGCGGCGACGCCACGAGCAGCGCGUGCCGCGAGCUGGCGCUGUUCUUCACCACGGGCAUCGUGGUGUCGGCCUACAGCCUGCCCGUCAUCCUGGCCCGCGUGGACACGAUCAAGUGGGGGGCGUGUGCCCUCGUGCUCACCGCCAACUCGGUCGUCUUCCUCACCAUCCUCGCCUUCUUCCUCGUCUUCGGACGCACAGACGACUUCGCCUUCCAGGCCUGGUGACGAUGGCGAUCGUCGGAGACGCUGCGAU